AUGACCAAGACGUUUAAUGGCAAUCUAAAUAAUCCCAAGAACUUAACAUUACAUUAAGAGGGCUAUUUCACAUUUAUAAGGAAGCGAAGAGCCAUUACAAACUGUCAGAACUCUCCUUUAGCCCACCUUAUAUCAUAAGAUAGUCUAAAAAAUAAGUUUACAAUUAUUUUACACAAGGGUUCCAAGGCUCUAGAUAUUACUAAUGCAGUUAUUGAGAAAGUGAAAAACAACAUAGUUGGCGAAGGAAUACUACUUUAGAGAAAUAAACUAAGGUUUUACAUGUAUGGUCAAGUGGAGAGAUGGAUGGAAGCAUUUUCGGAGCUCUGCAUAUAGAUCAAUUUUCAUGAGGACUUUUUUUUAUAUCGAUUAAUUUCGAAUAGUCUAUAGUCGAAGGUUUAUUUUGCUGAAUAUCGGAGCACCAAAAUUGAUUAUGCAAUCAAAGUAUUUGAAAAGAAUAAAUUUGACUCAGUAAUUGGACCCAAGGCUUUGAAACAAGAAAUAGAGAUUUUGAGACUCAUCAAAAAUGAAUAUUUCACCAGGUUAUUAAAUAUAUACGAAGGAAAUGAAGCAGUUUAUUUGGUAUUCGAGCAGUAAAAGGGAGGUGAUCUUUAGAGAUUUAUAAAAGAUAACGAUAAUAUUCUUACAGAAAAAACAGCAUUUCAAGCUAUCAAAUAAUUACUAUUGGGAAUAAGUGAAAUGCACGCUCUCAAUUACAUGCAUCGAGAUUUAAAGCCAGAGAAUAUACUGUUAAAAAACAAGGAUUCUUUGGAAUGCCUAAUUAUCAGUGAUUUGGGUUUAGCAGAAAAAGUCAAUAAUGAGAAAAAACAAUUGUUCACUGUCUGCGGAACUCCUGGAUAUGUUGCUCCAGAAGUUCUAAAGAAAGAACCAUAUGAUUAGAAAGUUGAUAUAUAUGGUAUAGGACUCAUUCUAUACAUCUUACUAACAGGAUGCAAUCCCUUCUAGUCAUUGAUAAAAGAUGAAACCUUUGAAUUAAACAUGAUAGGAAAUGUGAACGUAGAUAAAGUAAAUUGUUCAGAACUGGGCAAAGAUUUACUGAGACACAUGUUAUAGGUUUCCCCCAAUCAAAGACCAACUGCACAACAAGCCCUUAGACAUCAAUAUUUUAGAAACUAAUCCACAAAAGAUUCGUUUCCUAAGUAAAGUAUUGUUAUAACCAAAACUAAACUUGAUUCUAUUCAUAGUUAACAAAUCUCUCCAAUAGCAUAAAAUCUCAAUUUUGAUAAAUAUAAAGCUCCUCCAAUUAAAUAAUAAUACUAAAGAUAAGCCACUCCAAAAAUAGAUAUUCACUAAUAUAACUAUACAAACUAGAUGAAUAAAUUUAGAAAAGUAUCAUGA